UUCCGGCCCGGCCCGGCGACGAGCGGUGAGGGCGAGCAGUGCCUGCUCUUGCAGUGCCUGCUCUCACAGGCAGCUGUUCAAUUAAAACUCUGAUAGCCUCCCCAGAGGUCAAAGACGCUGCAGGUUGAAAGCCUACCGGGGCAGGUAAAGAUGUCUUCGCCCCUUUCCUUCACCUUCUGUGGUAGCACGUGUUCCCUCCUCCUCCAUCAGCACACCACCUGCUCCAAUACCAUUUUGCCACCUUCCCCCCACAACUGUCUCUCCCUGUCCUGGAAGCGAACCAUGAUGUGACUUCCUGCCAUGAAGCCUUUGGUGAAUGCUGUGGGCAAAGCCGGGUUAUCAUCCACAUGUAGAUCCUGCUGUGGGAUUACGACUGGAAAUGUUCCCGAGAGGCACUGGAUAGCCUUUCCUGUUAUUUAGCAACACCAGUUACCUGCUGCCUCCUGGGAAAGUUUCCCAUCCCAGGACUGCUGCUGCUCACAGUGCCUAACAGCUGAUCUCAGCUUGGGGGACAGAGGAACCUGGGGACAUGGAGAAUGAUUGCUUGCCUUUACCCCCUUGGUGCAGCUUCUCCUGGGUCUUUGCCCUCACCAUGUCAAGGAAUGUUAAUGAUGUGUUCCUUCUCCAUUGCCUUCCCCACCUGUCAUCUUGCUAGGAUCUAACUACAGAAUGAACAUAGCAGCUGUGUUUAAUGCCCUGCUCGUGUCUGUCCUCGCUGCUGUGCUGUGGAAAUACAUCAAACUGCGCGAGCAUGCCUCCAUGGUGGAAGAGGAGUUGGUCCUCACACGCCAGUCUCAGGAACUUUCUGAGGUUCAGAUUGACUACCACGCAGCUCUCCAGGCACUGGUGGAGAACGGUACCAGGAUGGUGUGCACUGGCAGGAUGCACACUGACCGCAUCUGCCGCUUUGAGUCCCUCUGCUACUCUACUGAGGCCGAGGAGUUUGUCUACUUUCACAGCAACUCCUCGGUUAUGCUGCCCAACCUGGGCUCACGGAGGUUCCAGCCAGCUCUGCUCGACCUCUCCUCUGUGGAAGAUCACAACACCCAGUACUUCAACUUUGUGGAGCUGCCAGCUGCUGCACUGAAAUUUAUGCCAAAGCCAGUCUUUGUGCCCGAUGUGGCGCUGAUCGCCAACAGGUUCAACCCAGACAACCUGAUGCAUGUCUUUCAUGAUGACCUCCUGCCAAUUUAUUACACCAUGCAGCAGUUCUCUGAUUUAGAUCUGGAGGCACGGCUCUUCUUCAUGGAAGGGUGGAGUGAAGGUGUUCACUUUGACCUCUACAAGUUACUGAGUAACAAGCAGCCGCUCCUCAGGGAGGAGCUUAAAACCCUGGGCAGGCUCCUCUGCUUUACCAAAUCGUAUGUGGGACUGUCCAAAAUCACCACCUGGUACCAGUAUGGAUUUGUCCAGCCACAAGGGCCAAAGGCUAACAUCUUGGUUUCUGGUAAUGAGAUCAGGCAGUUUACCAAAUUCAUGAUGCAGAAACUGAACAUCAGCUUGGAGGAAGGCUCUGGUGAGGAGUACAUCGUGGUGUUCAGUCGAACAAUCAACAGACUUAUCCUAAAUGAGGCAGAACUAAUCCUGGCUCUUGCUCAGGAGUUUCAGAUGAAAACCAUUUCUGUCUCUCUGGAGGAGCAUUCGUUCUCUGACAUCGUCCGGCUGAUCAGCAACGCGUCCAUGCUGCUCAGCAUGCACGGGGCACAGUUAGUCAUGUCACUCUUCCUGCCAAGAGGUGCCACAGUGGUGGAGCUCUUUCCAUAUGCUAUCAACCCCGAACACUAUACCCCUUACAAAACCCUGGCAACCCUUCCUGGCAUGGACCUGCAGUACAUUGCCUGGCAGAACACUGACAGGGAAGACACAGUUACCUACCCGGACAGACCUUGGGAUCAGGGUGGCAUUGCUCAUCUGGACAAGGCUGAGCAAGAGCGCAUCAUUAAGAGCACAGAGGUGCCACGGCACCUCUGCUGCCGCAAUCCCGAGUGGCUGUUCCGUGCCUACCAGGACACAAAGGUGAACAUCCCAUCUCUAAUCCACACAAUUAGGCAGACUGUGAAGUCUAAGCCUGGACCCAAGAAGCAGAAAUGGUCUGGUAGCCUCUACCCUGGCAAAGUGAGGGAUGCCAAGUGUCAGGCCUCUGUCCAGGGCACAAGUGAAGCUAAACUUGCUGUGUCCUGGCAGAUCCCCUGGAAUCUGAGGUAUCUCAAGGUCAGAGAAGUGAAAUACGAAGUGUGGAUACAAGAACAAGGGGAAAACACUUACAUGCCUUAUAUAUUGUCCCAUCAGAAUCACACCUUCUCAGAAAACAUUAAGCCCUUCACGAUAUACCUGGUGUGGAUACGCUGCAUCUUCAACAAAAAUCUCCUGGGACCUUUUGCAAAUGUGCUCUUGUGUAGUACAUAACCUGCUGCACUACCUGUACAGCUCUAACCUGCUCUCCACUCCAUCUGUGGUUUAAAACUUCUCGUCUUGUAGUUUGUAGAGGGCUGAAGAGGACUAGACUGUACCAGUGCCUAAGUGUCUAUUUUAUUGCACUCCAUGUGUAUUCUUUAGAUGGUAUUUAUUUCCAGUAAGUGUUUUAAAAAAAAAAAAAAAGAGAAACCUCUGUGUUCUUCAGAGUAACUUCCAGAGGUUAAAUUACAUGCUGAAUACGUGUAAUUGAAAACAGAAUGGAAGUGAAUUGUGUGUACCUUGGUCGUGAUUUAAAUUUGUUCCUAUUGUGUGGUGACUAUUUAAGCACAGCAUUGAACUGCAGUUAAUUCCAUGGCUAAGUGGGCAAUUCUCAUCAGCUUUUUCGUUGUAAGUUAUUUUUUUCAAGAACUCUGACUGUAACUUUGAGUUCAAGAUUUGGUACUGGAGCCUUCAUUAAACUGCUGUAAACCUCC